UAUUGCUCCAAGGAAUCUCUGAGUCGGCGUGUCAUCAUCAAAAUGUUAUUUUCCAAAAAGCUUUCUUUUAUUCUGCUAAGUUUUCUUAUACUGAAUAAUAUUAUCUAUUGCAGAAGGGCCAGAAGAAACUGUAAAAUAUGCGGCAUAUCUCAUGAAGACGAAGCAGUCUCGAAAAAAAUUAUAAAUGGAGAAGAGAUAGAACAGGAAAACAAAUAUCCAUGGCUUGUUCCUAUUAUGGCAAACGGAAAUAUAAUGUGUGGUGGCGCAAUAAUUUCUCCAAGAUAUGUCAUAACUGCAGCACAUUGUUUUCUAAAACGUGAAGCUUUUCAAGAGAACCAAUGUUUACAGAAGAAAAUGCCAAAAGCUCCUUGUUACUACCCACCUGAAAGAUUCCAAGUUGGCAUUUUAAACAACAGCGGAACUCGCGUGCCAGUUCAAGUUGUGAAGUUAAUAGCCCAUCCUUUGUUCAGCAUCAACGGCAGAAUCAACGACAUUGCUCUGAUGAAACUGAGCAGGCCAAUCCGAUGCGGCAAGCUGAAUGCGCCGAUAUGCUUGCCUAAGAGAAGCCGGAAUAAGAUAGGCGAUAACUUGAUAGUAGCUGGAUGGGGGAAAUAUUCAGAAAAUAACACCGAAAAGAAACUGCGAGAGGGGAGAAUGACACAGGUUGAUAAAAAAAAGUGCGUGGAUGGUUCUGAAAGCAAAGCUCGUCACUACGUCUGCGCUGUUGCCACUGAAACAAAUCAGAAAUCAUGCUUCGGCGACUCAGGAUCUGCUAUUUUCACCAAGUUCGGUAAAAAAAAUGUCGCACUUGGUGUCACAUCGUUCGGAAUCUCACAACCGAAUAAAUUGUGUAGCCUCGACAAACCAGCUAUUUUCACUGAGAUAUACCCAUACAGGAAAUGGAUCAAAAGACAUGUCAAAGAUAUUCCAAGGGGCUGAUUUCAUUUAAUCCGUUUACCAAUCAGCUGUCUGUACCGUCUAUGGGUAUUCGCGGGUUAGCUUCUGUUUCAAACGAGCAAUGCAGGAUGUGAAAUGACU